AGCCUUGCCUUGCCCAACAUAGUCAGCACUGCGCUCGGCUCAGCUGAGGAGCCAUGGCCGAGGCUUCGAAGAAGCCCGCCGCGGACGAUUCUCGAAAGCAGAAUCAGGACGCUUCCGGCAGCGAUGUGUCGCUCGCCCACAGACACAUAUUCGGCUUCAAGACCACUGUCAAGGGCAGCGUCCACUUUGCAGAGGAGUCGCAGGUCCUGUACACCGCUGGGCACAAUUGUCUUCUGUACUCGAUGGACCAGAAGACCCAGUCAAAGGUCUUCCCUGGCGCUGAAGGCAGUGAGGGGAUCACGGCUACGGCCGUGAGCCCCAAUCGUAGAUAUCUUGCUGUCUGCGAGAAGUUUGCUGACAGGGCAAGCUGCUCCAUUUUCGACAUCAACACAGGCAAGAGGCGGCGCGGUACCCUGACGUACCCAGACUGCGAGGCGAAGGAGUUCGUCUGUGCUGCCUUCUCCGUAGAGAACAAAUUCUUGAUCACGCAGGGCGGGCCGCCAGACUGGACACUGGUGCUGUGGUCGUGGGACAAGGCACGGCCUCUUGGUGCCGUGAAGGUUUCCAAUUCGACUGGAAGUGUGAUCCACGAGUGCUCCUUCAAUCCGACGGACUCGAAUGUCGUCUGCGUCAUAGGCGAGAGCGUGUUCAAGUUCUUCAGGCUCCAGGAGGGCACCUUCAAGAGCAUCCCGAACCAGACGACCAAGCAGCGCGAGGGCACAGCCAACCAAAACUACGUCUGCCACACAUGGCUGACAGAUGACCGCCUGGUCGUCUGCAGCGAGUCAGGGGAAGCCCUGCUCUUCGAUAGCGGGGGCGAGCUCAAGGGCGUGCUGCCGUGCUCGCCGCACGAGCCGCGAUCGCUGCAGUGCGUGGCUCCCUUCAGCAAGGGCUUCGUCGCGGGGGGCGACAACGGCAUCAUCCGCGUGUUCGAGAAGUCCGAGGACGCCAAGGAGAUGUACCGGAAGGCCAAGGAGGUGAAGGCGGAGGUGAAGGACGUCGGCAGCACCGGCUCCACGGGGCCAGGCGCCGGCGCUGUGCUGUCGCUGGCGGUCAACCCCUCGGAGGAGGUGCUGGCCAUCGGCACCAGCACUGCCCAGCUGCUGCAGCUGUCGCUAAGCCCCUCGGACCUGCUGAAGUCCGAGGA